CAUCUGAAGGGAAUACUUGGGAUCGUUUAGAAGAUUAGUUCUCCAGAGUUUUCAAAUUUAUUUUUGUUCUUUCUUAAAGAUUUAAUAUCAGCUUUAAAAAUGACUGCAACCCUGAGGGCAGUGUUCCACAUCUCAGCGUUCAGCUGGUACGCUAUUGUUGUUAAUUAUCUCGCAGCAAAGGAUGGAGAGGAGCUACCUGCAGGAAUCUUCGUCUAUGGAGGACCAUGGAAGUACCUUACCUUUUUGAACUUGUUGUUACAGAUGACUUUCUUUGGACUGGCAGCAGUGAAUGAUCUCCAACCUGGGGAGAAGGCAAAGAGUGCUCUGAACAGAUGGAAAGACCUCCUUUUCUCUGUCUUUGCAUUUCCUGUAGGGAUGUUUGUGGUUCUGCUCUUCUGGACAAUCUUUGCCUAUGACAGAGAAUUAGUCUACCCAGCAACCAUCGACAACUUCUUCCCUCCUUGGAUAAACCACGCCAUGCAUACAAUUGUCCUUCCUGUUGUACUUGGAGAAGUGCUGGUGCAGCCUCACACGUACCCACAGAUGAAACAUGCGCUGGCAGCAUUGUUAGUUGUGGGCUUGGCCUAUUUAUCCUGGAUUGUGUGGGUGUAUCUGACGGUGGGAAUUUGGGUGUACCCCCUCCUCAGACACUUCAGUGCUGCUGGUCUGCUGGGCUUCUUCUUCUUCAACAUGACUGUGGUUACCCUGCUCUACCUGCUUGGAGACUGGAUCAACAGUCAUGUCUGGAGUAAGGCACAUUUGGUUUUAAACAUGGUGUUUAAUCUCUUUUGUGUCACGUUCUCUUUUAUAUCUCUCCUUCCUUUGUUUUCUUAAUUCCAGGAAAGGACAAAGCAAAGUGAUUUAGCAUUUCUGCACUUCGAAGCCAGCUCUACCCCUUAUAUAACAACUACAAUUCACUGUUUGCAGCUUAAAACAAAGACACAUGAAAUAUCGCAUGACAAGCAUUUAAACAGCAUAAUAAAACAGCUUCCACACACUGCAGUCCAGCUUUGUGUUCUUUUUAACUUGAUCAGGUGUCCAGAUUUUUUAACCACAAACUAACCAGGAAAACCAUGAAACAGGCACGGAGAACUGAG